UACAACCAAUUACAAAGCUUGUUCUUCGCUGGCUCUGUCUCUCUGUAACCAACUUCUCUGCAAAUUUCCAUACAAAAUUCGAAAUAGGGAAGCCCGGGCUCGAAUCCAUUCUGAUCAUCUUGAUUCUGAAUCUGAAUCUGGGGUUCGAUCUAUAUGAUGUUUCGUAUAAGCAACAUACUGGUGGGACUCCUCAACUGUUGCACCCUACUAAUCGGCAUUGUCGCAAUCACGACCUCCAUAUUCUUCCAUUUCUCUGGUGUUGCCACCGAAUGCCAACGAGUUGUACAAAACCCUCUCCUCAUCCUCGGUCUCGUCAUCUUCAUCCUCUCCUUCCUCGGAUUUGUCGGCGCCUGCUUCAGGCUCAACUCUUUCAUUUACCUCUACUUGUUCUUCAUGUUGCUCAUCAUCAUUGGGCUCAUCUUCUUCACGGUGUUCACGCUAUUGGUGACGAACAGAGGGGUGGGCUAUGCAGUGUCAGGACAUGGGCAUAAGGAGUAUCGGCUGGCGGACUUCACCCACUGGCUGCAACGCUACGUGCUGAACACCAACCACUGGGAUAAGAUUAGGAGUUGUAUAGUUGAUGCCAGGAUUUGCCAUAUACUUGAAGACGACACCCAUCAAAAGACAUCGUUUGAGUAUUACAUAAAAAACAUGUCUCCAUUACAGUCCGGUUGCUGCAAGCCGCCAUUAUAUUGUGGAUUUAUAUACAAAAACUCAACUUUCUGGGAAAUACCAAAAUCUGGGCCACUCGUGCCAGACAGUGAUUGCACGACAUGGGGCAAUCACGAGGAGAAGCUAUGUUACAAUUGCAAGUCAUGCAAGGUGGGAGUGCUGGACAACAUCAGGAAGGAGUGGAGGUAUUUGGCUAUUUUCAACAGCUCUGUCCUCAUCUUCAUCAUCCUCAUCUAUUGCAUCGGUUGUUGCGCCAUCAAACGUCAUGAGCACUCGAAACUUAACUACAUUAAAUAUAGAGGACAGCCUUGAUGCAUAUAUGCACGCACAGGCUGCAAUGCUGCAUGCUUUUAGUGCUUAGAAUACAGAUGCUUAUGUAUUUUUUGAUAUUUCACGUUUAUACUGUGUCCCCCCGUUGAAGUUCUUCAGGUUAUUGCUCUGUAGAGAUGAUUUUAUUGUAGCUAUGGUUAGGAUUUUAAAUGUGCUUUUGAUUAAGAGUUUGAAAUUCAAAAAAGGUGAGACAGAGAGCAGGUCUUUUUAUGGAGCUAGAAAA